GGAACACUUUUUCAUAGUAAUUAUAGGCAAAUGUUUUAAAACACGCACAUUUAAGUUGAAUUAAACAACAUGAAAACAACUAAUAAUAAUAAUAGUUUGAAGAUAUUGUCUUUAGCGCUUUAGCGGUUUGAAAAAAGAUGGAGCCCCUUUGCCUUUCUUUUCAAGAUUUUUAAAUUGCCAAUGGACAUUACUAUCACCAAACAACAGCUGAUAGUAAUGUCAAAUGUCAUUAAUUUAUCAAACAAAAGUUAUAUCGUACUGCGAAGUGUUAUCAAGAUUUUAACGUUUUUAAAUAUAUUGUUAGUAAAGUUUUUGCUCUAGAACUUUUUAUAAUUUCCAGUUUAAUUAUGUUAGAUCAAGUAAAACGCGUGUUAUUAGUGCUUUCCGGCAAAGGUGGCGUCGGUAAAUCAACAGUGAGCACACAGUUGGCACUAACUCUAAAAGAAAGAGGUUACAAGGUUGGUUUAUUAGACAUAGAUUUAUGUGGCCCAAGCGUACCUUACAUUUUGAAUCUCGAAGGCCAUGAUGUCCACCAGAGCGCUGAAGGUUGGGUACCAGUUUACAUGGACAGCGAACAGAGGCUCGGUGUCCUGUCGAUUGGAUUCCUACUAACAUCUCGUAAUGAUUCUGUUGUAUUAAGGGGACCAAAAAAGACUUCCAUAAUCAAACAGUUCCUAGAAGAUGUUUAUUGGCAAGAGCUAGACUUUUUGGUUAUAGAUACACCUCCAGGAACAUCUGAUGAACACAUAACUGUUAUGGAGAAUCUUCGUCAAGUACCACAAUGUUCUGCCAUACUAGUGACCACACCACAAGAAGUGGCAAUAGAAGACGUACGCAAAGAAAUUACAUUCUGUAGAAAAACUGGCAUUCCUAUAAUGGGUCUUAUAGAAAAUAUGAGUGGAUAUGAAUGUCCAAACUGCAGUGAAUGCACUAAUAUAUUCUCUACUGGAGGAGGCCAAUCUUUGGCAGAAUAUGCAAAAAUUCCAUUCCUGGGCAGCGUACCCAUUGAUCCUAGAGUUGGUAGAUUAGCUGGUCAAGGUCUCUGCGCUGUUAAAGAACUUCCAGACUCGAAAACCAGCAAAGUAUUUGGGGAAUUAGUAACUCUAUUGGGGGAGAAUUCAAAUGGCGUAAACUGAAAAUGUUAGUAAGAAUAUUUUAUGUUUAAGUAUUAACAAAUGGAAAGUGUAUCGUGAAGAACAAGUAUAAAAUAAAGAUAAAAAAUCCAUUCUAGAAAUGUUGACCUAAAACUAUUGAGAGUAUAUAGGAACUUGCACGAUGAUACUACGUCAAGAAGCAUACAUCUGUGUGCUUAGUGCGGUUUUUUAACAUUCUCGAUAGCGUAAGAGUUAACUCAAAUUUGUAUGGAGUUGGAACAGCACCCCUAGCGGCAAAUGUAGCCAAGCGUUCCAAUUCCAUACAAAUUUGAGUUUAAGUUAACUUUUACGCUAUCGAAAACGUUAAAAAACUCGCACUAAGCACACAGAGCUACCAUCUUCAUUUUGUAAAAAUAUAGCUUGUUCUUUCUUGCUGUCUGUUUAAUGUCAAUCCAACAGAUUACUUUUACGUCAUAUUUGCGGACUGUAACGUUAUUGCUUAUAAUAAUCCUGGACUUUUAUAUUUAAGAUUAACAAAAAUAAAAUUUUGUUACGCGACAAAUUAUAAAAAUGUUAUGAGAUAAAUAGAGAGAUGGUAGAUACGUGUUACUUGUGUAAUCCUUAGUAAUUAUAAAAAAAUUGAACAACUGUAUAAAUAAAAGACACUGGGUUUGUAAUUAUAUUUAUAAAAUUGAAAAAACUUUAGACAGUAAAAUAAAGGUGUAGAAAUUUUAAAUAAAUUAAAAUGUUUUGCUCCUUUA